UGUUGGAGGGUUCCGCGAGCCACUUCCUUCCUCGGCCGGAGCGCAGACAUGGAGUCGGGGGGAUAUAAGCGCGUGCUAAAGAGCGUCUGAAACAAACCAGGCGGCGCAAAUAUGAGGGACAUUACGGCUGUUGUUCUCGUGGCUGCGCUCGCGGCGAUCGUGGAGUGCCGAGACGGUGCGGCUCCGGAGACCAUCUACGUCGUGUUUGAAGAACUGGCGGACUUCGCUGAAGCCCGCAGCAUGUGCGCCAAGCUUGAGGGUCAGUUAGCGACCUUCACCUCGGCCGAGUCCAGCCAGUCGCUGCUGGGUCUGGGCUCCGGGUGGAUCGGCUUGCAGCGUCCCCCCGGCGGCUGCCCGGACCCGGGCGCGACGCUGCGCGGGUACGAGUGGCUCCGCGGGGGCGUCCAGAGUGACUUCCAGAACUGGGCUUCCAGCUUCGACCCCAGCUGCGCGUCCCCUCGCUGUGUUGUGGUGGAUGAGCAGAUGAAGUGGCUCCAACGCGACUGCGGCAGCCCGGCGCCCGCGUUCAUCUGCGAGUCCCCUCCGAAGCAAACCUGCGGGCUCCUCCCUGAGGCGGACACCAGCACCUACAGCCUCUUCGGCAAACGGGCGAGCCACUUCAGCUCCGGGGUCCCCCCUGGCUUCAUCGCCACCCUGGAGCCCGACUCCACCAGGUUCAUGUGUUUCCGUGAGCAGUGGGUGCAGGCUCCUUGGAACUGCGAGAUCCUUGAGGGAGGGUGUCAGCACAGAUGCUCGGUGCACCCCGAGACCUCGCAGCCAUUUUGCUACUGCGCCCCAGGAAGCUCAAUUGACCCGGUGAACAGGAUCUCCUGCGUGGAGGACCCCAGUGACCCCUGCCUUGGUCUGCACUGUGACCACGGCUGCUUUGAACUGGGAGGCACCCAUUUGUGCUUGUGCCAUCAGGGGUUCAAGCUGGGGCCGGACGGUCGCUCCUGCUCGGACUUCAACGACUGUGUGGACGAGCGCCAGUGUCCUGAGGACAACACGGUCUGUGUCAACGUCCCGGGGGGGUUCCAGUGCCACUGCCAGGCUGGGUUCCAUCGGAGCGGCGGGCAGUGCGUCGACGUGGACGAGUGCGCCUCCGCCCCAUGCGAGCACAUUUGCACCAACAUGGCGGGUUACUACACCUGCUCGUGCUACGAUGGAUAUCAAGUGGAUCCCGAGUCCCCGAAUAAGUGCAAACUCCACUGUGGCAAGGAGGAGUGCGCAGCAGAGUGCGACCCCAAUAACAAGUACCAGUGCUACUGUCCAGAUGGUUACAUUCUGGAAGAGAGGUCGGACGAAAUGGUGUGCAUCGACAUCAACGAGUGUGACUUCUUCUACUGCGACCAGGACUGCACCAACAGUUUCGGAGGCUUCACCUGCUUCUGCGAAAAGGGCUGGACGCUUGUGGACCAGUACAAGUGUGUCGUCAGCGCGGACGAUGAGACGGACUCAGGAGGAUCUGGACUCAACCCCAGCACCGACGCUGUCCCCACAGCUUCGUACGGGCCGGACACAAGUCCGACAGCGCAGCCCUCUGGCGUGUCCCUGGCGGCCUUCGUGGGCAUCAUCAUUUGCACCGUCCUUGUCACAAGUGCGGUGGUUUUCGCGGUGCAUCACAUCCUCAACAAGCGAGAGGACAUGAGGAGGAAUGUCAAAGCUGCAGAACCUGAGUCCCACAGUUUAGGAGCGGCACAUUGAAGUUCAAAGGAGGAGCAGCAAAACAUUGAGGAUAUAGAAUUUUCGUCGUGAAGGGGAAGGAUUUUGACAUUGACAUUGCUCGCACAUUCCAGAUCUACAAGGGCUAGAAGCCCUCAGAAGUCUGCCACCCGCUCGACUUUCAGUGUUAUAACUUUGAUCCAAAUUCCGUUUCAAUCUUUCAACGUCAGAUUUAUCUUUAGUUUCUGCUUGGCCUCCAUGCUGGGCUCACAUACGAUGAAAUAGGUCCUUAAACUAAACGUGACAUGACAGAUGGAGGCAUAACUUCAGUUCAUGCCAAUAGACCACACACCACUGUGAAUUGAGCAACAUGCUCACAACAGCUCCACAUAUGGUGACAAAACCCUCGCUGUCAAACUGAAGUCAGGCGUUGGGUUACAUAGUCUUUUUUUUAAAUGAAGACACGUGAAUGUAAAAAUCACACUAGAGGUCAGGAGCCUUGAAUUUUGAAGGAAGCGAUGCCACAUAACUAAUGGACACUUUUGCAAUCCGGUACCACAUUGUUCUGCCAAAGUACUUCAGAGUGCUAUUUAUAUGAAGUAACCAGAACGUUUUUUUUUUCAGUUGUCAUCAAGAUUAAAACUACAACACAACACCCUUUUCCGAAUUAUCAUUACAGAUAAAUUAUUUAUGAAACAUAUGACUCCUUUUUUAUUAUAAACAAAUCACUUAUUAUUUCUUUUUUAAAAUAAUAAUAAUAAUUGUGUAGCGUGUGUUGUCAACAAAUUUGGUUUUCAUGAUCAGGUUUUGUGCAAUGACGAGAAGAACCACUAAAUAGUU